AAUGGGAAUGGUUAUCAUGAGUACUGCCAGUACUAAUAAUAAUAUGGGAUGGGCAACAAUCAGGUGCAGUUUUCAGUCAUUAGCGGCACUGUUGGUGGCUCUGUUGAUAGUGGGAGCGGUUUACAUGGCCGGGGAAGGGGAACAGUUGGCUGAAGAUGAGCUGAAGAGAAGCGAGAUUAAUGAAGGCUAUGACAACAUAUCAUCUAAUACAAGCUGUAAUUUGUUCGAUGGAAAAUGGGUAUUUGAUAACGUGAGCUAUCCUCUCUAUAAUGAACGCGAGUGUACGUUCAUGUCGGACCAGCUUGCUUGUCAGAAGUUUGGGAGGAAAGACUCGGGUUAUCAGCAUUGGCGAUGGCAGCCUCACAGUUGUGAUCUCCCAAGAUUUAAUGGCACAAAUCUAUUGGAGAGAUUGAGGAACAAGAGACUAGUGUUUGUGGGUGACUCUUUAAACCGGGGUCAAUGGGUGUCGAUGGUGUGCCUGGCCGAGACAGUGGUUCGUGAUCCUGCACUGAAAUCUAUUCACCAUAAUGGCUCCUUAAUUACAUUCACGGCUCAUGAAUACAAUGCAACAAUUGAGUUCUAUUGGGCUCCCCUAUUGGUCGAAUCCAACUCCGAUGAUCCUGUCAUGCAUCGUUUGCCUGACAGGAUUGUUAGAGUUAAAGCUAUUGAGGAUCAUGCCAGGCAUUGGACUCAUGCAGAUAUAUUGAUCUUUAAUACUUAUCUUUGGUGGAGAAGGUCAACCAUGAAUGUUUUAUGGGGUUCAUUUGAUGAUGGAAAUGGAAUUUACAAAGACAUAGAGAUGCUACGAGCAUACGAGUUGGCUCUGGAAACAUGGGCAGAAUGGUUAGAAAUUCAUGUCGAUCAUAACAGGACGCGGUCAUUCUUUGUCAGCAUGUCACCAACUCACGAGUGGGGAGAAGAAUGGGGAAGAGCGGAUGAAGAAAAUUGUUAUGGAGAAACAGAGCCUAUAACAAAAGAAGGUUAUACUGGAAGUGGAACAGACCCGAAGAUGAUGAAAGUUGUUGAGGAUGCAAUCAAUAAUUUGGAAAAAAGAGGCAUAAAAGUUCAAAUGAUUAACAUUACACAGCUAUCAGAAUACAGAAAAGACGGGCAUCCAUCUAUUUAUAGAAAGCAAUGGGAUCCUCCUACAGAGGAGCAACUAGCCAAGCCUACUUCCUAUUCAGACUGUAUUCAUUGGUGCCUACCAGGCAUACCUGAUGUCUGGAAUCAACUUCUCUAUGCUCAUCUUUUUUAAUUGAUUUUCUUCUCUCUUUUUUGCUUGGAGGGCUUCUCAA